AUGCGUCUCUUCCUGAUCCCCAUUUCGACCAGGCGCGCAUUGAUCUAUGCUCGGCCCUUACGGCGAGAUGCUGCGAAGGAGCUCUCGCUCCUUGACCGAGCAACAAGCAAGGCCGCCGGGACGUGGGCCCAGUGGGAGGAGGCAGAGUCGGGGUGGAAGAAGCAUCUCGUCACCUGGGGCAAUCGAGUUCAGCAGCGCAUCCCUUUUGAGGAAUGGGGUCUCAAGAGUAUUCCCUCCCUCAAGCAACAGCGGCGCAUAGAUCAGAGCCACGGCACCAAGCAGAUCAAUGUACUCUAUCCCGCCAACGCCAUACGCCGAGAGAACAUCCCGCAGAUGCUGCGCAAGAUUGCGACUGAGCGCCAGGAGUUUCACAGAAAGCAAAUGUGGUGGAACUUGGGGCUGUCACCUCUCACUGCACCAUUUGCAAUUAUCCCAGUGAUCCCCAACAUUCCUUUCUUCUAUCUGGUGUACCGAGGCUGGUCGCAUUGGCGCGCGCUGAAUGGUUCACGACACUUGGAAUACCUUGUGGAAAACAAUUUGAUUAACCCUGCAUCUAUGCCAGAGCUCGAUCAGCUCUACGCCACACGCGCGUCGCAUGUCUUGGAUGGCUCGUCCAUUGAUACUCCGCCGGCGGACCUGGUGGAGGAUAUUGAGCAGAGUGACGACCGAGUCUUACUGAAGAUGUCCGAUGCGAAGAAGUUGGCCGCCAUGCUGGAUGCUCCGGAAUUGGCCCUGGAGGCGGAGCGUGCCAUUAUUCAAGUUACAGGUCAGCUGGAGGCUCAAAAAAAGAGGCAACAAGAGGCGCAGCAUGAGGCGCAGCAAAAGGCGCAGUCGGAAAAGAAAACCUCUUGA